ACUCAGAGCAGGAAGCUCUGUCUGCCUGUCUACGUGCCUCUCACCUCGUACUACCUCUCAUCCAUCCUACAUCAACCGGCUCACAGGAUGCUGCGCAAACAGUUGUGAAGGAUUUCUCGGCAACAACAGGUAUUUGUGGGAUCAGAAAAAUGGUUGGAUUUUUCCAAAUGUUAAGGAAGAAAAAGGAGCUGAUCCCUCUGAUAGGGUUCAUGGCUCUUGCAGCAACAGGAGCUACCUCUGCGGCUAUUUACUUUCUACUGACUAAACCUGAUGUUAUUUUGAACAAGACCAGAAACCCAGAGCCAUGGGAGAGAGUGGAUCCAUCAAAACCACAAAAGCUCAUCACCAUCAAUCAGAAAUGGAAACCAGUGGAGGAGCUGGAGUUGGUGAAGAGCCUCUACAAGUAAAACAGAGCAGGCGUCUGUUGCAAAGAUCCACAGUCUGAGUACUCUCCUGCCCCCCAUCAGUCUAACAGAAUCCUUUCCGCACAAACUAGGACACUUCAACACUCAGUGUGCGGAAAUGCUUCUGCUCCACUGUUGGGGUUUCACUCACUCUGUAGAGGCCCAGCUCAUCGUCAUCCAUCCACAACAAUAUAACCUAUGAUCAAAGAUACUCCUGCUAUGUGUUCAGAGUUAAAAAAGGUUAUCUCGCUCUGUGUACUUGUGAUAACAGCUACAAAAUAUAUACACUUCUAGUGAACAAGUUGUGGUGUUUCAUUGGAUAGAGAAGUUGGUGGUCAUAGCCUCCAGAUGCUCUCCAGAUGUGAAUGUACAAUAGUGUCAAAAGACGAUGUAAAUUCAGAAAAUAAUGUCCUGUACAGUGUCAAUAAAUGACUAUUUAGACCAUG